GGCCGGCGCCUGCGUCUCUAUGGUGCGGCCGAGGGGCGGAGCGCUGCCGGCUCGCCCGCCGACUGCGAAGCGAGCAGGGAUACUAAGGAUGAAGACAAGAAUAGACUGUUGGCCCCUGAUGGCUUUUACUAUAUACUGCCACAGUUUAUGAUGACGUCCAAAGUUGAAAAGACUCAUGCCUUACAACAGUGUUUUAGCACUGAGUCUCUCAUUUCCAGCCUUGGUCUGGGGAUCUUUUGCCUAGUAGCUGAUAGACUUCUCCGGUUUUCCGUAAUUCAACAAAAUGAUUGGCUUCGUGCUCUCUCAGAUAACAUAGUACACGGUGUGAUUGGCAUGUGGUCAUGGGCAGUGGUCAUUGGAAUCAAGAAGAAGGCUGACUUUGGAGAAGUUCUUUUAGCUGGAUUUUUAGCCUCUGUUAUUGAUAUUGACCAUUUUUUCCUCGCUCGAUCCCUGUCUUUAAAGGCUGCUUUGACUCUCCCGAGAAGACCUUUCCUCCACUGCUCCACAGUGAUCCCCAUCGCGGUUGUGAGUGUGAAGCUUGCCAUCCACCUCCUCAGGCUCAGAGACUCAUGGUGCUUCCUCCCGUGGAUGCUGUUCAUUUCCUGGACUUCGCACCAUAUCCGAGAUGGAAUUCGUCACGGCCUGUGGAUAUGCCCAUUUGGAAAAACGUCUCCUUUGCCCUUCUGGCUUUAUGUAAUAACCACAUUAUCCUUACCCCAUAUGUGCUCAUUCCUUAUGUAUUUAACAGGGACCAGGCAAAUGAUGUCUUCAAAACAGGGGAUGAGUAUUGAUGUCUGAGCUGACCACGGCUGUAAGGAAAGGAAUAGCUCAGAGGACAGUCAUGAAAGACAGCCAAUGUUCAAGUGAAAUUUUGUUUUUGUGUUUGAGGCAGGGUUUCUCUGUGCAGCCCUGGC